UUUAACUUUGGUAUUUUUGCCGUGUGUAUGUAAUAGUUAAAAUCACCCAACUACAUAUCCUUUUUGGAUCAGUUAAUUGAGACAAUAUGAACGAAGCACUGCCGGAUGAUUUUGAUGUGAUUAUAAUAGGAACAGGAUUGCCAGCAGCUGUUGUGUCUGGAGCAUUAUCCCGGGUAGACAAGAAGGUUCUCCAUCUUGAUCGAAAUGAUUACUAUGGUGGAAGUUGGUCUUCUUUUAACAUAAAAUCGGUCGAAACAUUUCUUCAAAAUCCAUAUGAUAGUGCAGAUGGUGAAGAAACAAGCAACAUUGAAGUCUCUGAAGAUGAAGAAUUUGUUCCAAUUUUGCAAAACAAAAAUUUUAUCACAAAAGCAGAAUACAGUUGCUAUUUAAAACGCAGUGAAAAAAAUGAAGAACCCGCCCAGUCAUCUUCACCAUGUGUGGACACCUGUCAAUCAGACGUAGUCGAACAAUCCUGCGCUUCCAAACCAGAUGACAGUCUUAAAUCUGGAGAGACUCCUAUAUCAGAAGAGGUUCAAAAAAGGGAAGAAAGCCCCAAAGUGGAAAACUGUAAUGAUCCAGCAACCCAGGGUGAUGGUGAUUCAGUGGAGAAGGAAAAAGAAUUAACGCAGGAAUUGGACAAAGCUAAAACUAAAGAAAAAGUUGAUGUUUCUGAAGUAGUUAAACCAAGAUUUCCACUAUCUGAAGAUUUCUACAAACAAUGGAGACAUUACAACUUAGAUUUAUCUCCAAAGGUGAUGUUUUCUCGUGGAUUGUUGGUUGAACUUCUUAUUCAAUCGAAUGUGUCGCGAUAUCUUGAAUUUCGAAACGUCACAAGAACUCUCACCUUUCUUGAUGGAAGUAAAGAACUUCAGCGCGUCCCAUGUUCACGUGCCGAUGUUUUCAGCAGCAAGUUUGUGAGUGUGGUCGAGAAAAGGAUACUGAUGAGACUUUUCACGCUUUGUGCCAACUACAAAGAUCAUGAGCAAGAGUACCAAAACUUUAGGGAGAAAACUUUCAUUGAAUUUCUUGCAUCUCGUCGAUUAAGUUUGAAAGCUCAACAUUUUGUUCUUUAUUCGAUUGCCAUGGUUAGUGAGACCACAUCAACACUUGAUGGACUGGCUGCCACACACAAGUUCCUACAUUCACUUGGUCGAUAUGGCAACAGUGCGUUUUUAUGGCCAAGUUAUGGAGUAGGAGAAAUACCCCAAGCAUUUUGCAGGUUCAGUGCUGUAUUUGGGGGAACAUUUUGCCUGCGACGAUAUGCAGUUGGUUUUAUAAAGGACAAGACAACAGGCAGAUGUACUGCCAUAGUGGAUAACACUGGUCAGAAGAUACGAUGUGGAACUUUGAUCCUUGAUGAUUUAAAUCUUCCUCAUGGAGCAAACACAACAUCCACAUCAUCAGUGGAUCGCGCGAUCUAUGUUAUCGACUCAACUGUUUCCAAAUCUGAUGCAGAACAGGUAUCUCUGGUCACCAUCCCCCCAAUGUGCGACAACCCUGCUGUUCGACUUAUUGAAGCGGGACCACUCUGUUGCGUCUGCCCAAAGAAUAAUUAUGUUGUGCAUGGGGCAAUGGAAAGAACUGAUGACGUCACUGAUUCUCCUAAAAAGAGAUUCCAGGCAAUGGAGGAAAUUGUGUUUAGUGGAACUGCAAAUGAUGAAACCAACAUUAAACCAGAAGUUGGUGGAGAAGACAGCCAGUCACGAAAACCAGUUAUUUUAUGGUCGUGUCACUUUACCAUGACCGACACUAACACUGACAACUCCACACUGCCACCUAAUGUUAUAACCCUGCAAGGACCACGAAUGGAUCUUGGGUUCGAUCGAGCAAUGAACGAGGCUCGUGAGGUCUUCCUGAGGAUUUGUCCUGGUGAAGACUUCUUGCCACGCGCUCCUGAUCCGGAGGAGAUUGUUUUUGAUGAAGGAUACAACACAGAGAACAAUGACACCAUCUCUCCUACUCCGGAGGAUGGAGGAGGGGAUUAUGUGGAGGAAGAAGAGGAAGACUUGAAUGAGCCAGCAGCAGAAUCUCAUGAAAUGGCACAAAAUGCACAUGCCGUCCAAGAUGCACUACCUGUACAAGAAGAAGACGGCGCUGACCAUAACGCCCAACAAGCUAAUGAAAAUGAAAUGUAACAUAAAGAAUGCAAACUGCAAUAACGUAACAUGAAAUAAAGAAUGCAAACCGCAAUAACGUAACAUGAAAUGAAGAAUGCAAACUGCAACGUUUAUUUCACUACAUGUCUACACCUUAGUGUCUAUGCAUGGCCAAUGGCGGAAUCUCAGUCACACUAGUGAAUUGCAACCCCACCAAUUAUUCGGUGUACAAACCUUCAAUCAAGUACCCUUCUUGCAACUUUAAUAUUAUCGGCAGUUUUAUUAUAAAACGAAAUCUGUUUUACUUGUUUUAAAUUAAUUUAUUUAUUUAAAAGAAUUCUUCUGUUUUCUUGUACAUGUAGGAAACUGGUGCUUAAAAAUGUAAUCUGCUACAUAGUGGUUUAUCAACCGCUGUUGACUCACAAACCAAUGUCGUGUCCAUAUAGUCAUGAGAAAUUGUUUGCAUGCUGUACAUCGACUAAACAUAAACCCGCAAGCGGCACCUGCCCGCGUCUUACCGAUGCUAUCAAUGUACCGUCGUGAUUUUAUGCCAGACUGCUUCCACCUACGCCAUGCUAAUGGUUCUCCCGCCGCAACGAUGCUCCCUGCAAUAACAAACAACAGGCGGAGUUAAUUUGAAAUAAAUUUGACUUGUAGCGUCACUAUAUACGGGAUCGAAAAUACGAUUCUGCAUGGCGGCCGACUUCCGAGCGCCGUCAUUACAUUCGCUUAUUAUUUUCGAUCGAAGCUCGAGAGCAACCAAUGUCACCAUGAUUAUGCACGCACCUCUAAACGCAUGUGUAUUACCUGUCAUUUUAACGUGCUGUGGCCGACUACAUGUUGUGUCGUUUUUUUCCAUUAUGAUAAUUAUAGUGGUUCUGAUUACGUUCACAGAUUGCAUGAUAUACAAUAUUACUUAUAUACA